GAUUGGAGGAGAGAGAGCAGCGUGGAUACUGCCUGCUAACUGUAGCUUCUCUCCAUCCUGGGAGAUCUUGCCUGUUCUGGAUCUUUCAAAUCUUCCCCAGACCUGUGCAGGGAGAUUUGAGUUUGCGAUUCAACAGCGACCACUGCGUUCACGCGGGGCAACACGGGGCUGUAACACUAACCUUUUUCGAGUAAUGCCAUCGUCCCUGUCAACACGGUGAAUCCCUCACUGGUCCGUUCACCGCCUCUCAGACAGGACGGGCGGGCGAGUCGCGAAGUUAAGCAUGCCAGCUCCUGUUUCUCAUCGGACCUUGCCAGCUGGACAGCUCCUGGUCGUAUGCUUGGAGAUGGAAGCGCCUUUGAUCUGUGAAACAACAUCUCCCCGAUAAUGGCCCAUAAGAUAAGCAGUAUAAACACGGCAGCUCAUCUCUCUCCUGUGGCCCUGCUGGCUGUUUGCCUCUUCCUCUGCCAGACUCUGCCCAUCCGUGGCUUCUGACUUCUGCCAAACGGUUCCACUGGGGGCUCGGCAGCCAUGAGACUGGUGUGGAAGUCCCUGGACAAGAUGCGCUGCUUCAGGAAGCGCUCCACCAUCCCCUUCCUGGUGGUCCUCAUCACCUUCUUGCUCUUCAUCAACCUCUACAUGGAGGACGGCUACGUGCUGGAGGAGGAUAAAAGACAGCUCCGAGAGACGUCAAUGCACCCUCUGAAUUCUGAGCGAUAUGUCCACACCUUCAAAGACCUCACCAACUUUUCAGGGACCAUCAACGUCACCUAUCGGUACCUAGCUGGCACCCCCUUGCCAAGGAAAAAGUACCUCACCAUUGGGUUGUCAUCUGUGAAGAGAAAACGUGGCAAUUACCUCAUGGAGACCAUUAAAUCCAUCUUCGACCAGUCCAGCUAUGAGGAACUUAAAGAGAUCGUGGUGGUGGUUCACCUGGCAGACUUUGACCUGGCCUGGUGUGAGAGCCUGGUCCAGGAGAUCUCCAGGAAGUUCGCCCACCACAUCAUUGCUGGCCGGCUCCUGGUGAUCCACGCUCCGGAGGAGUAUUACCCAUCCCUGGAAGGGCUGAAGAGGAACUACAACGACCCCGACGACAGGGUCCGCUUUCGCUCCAAGCAGAAUGUAGACUACGCUUUCCUUCUCAACUUCUGCACCAACCUCUCUCAUUUCUACAUGAUGCUGGAAGAUGACGUCCGCUGCUCGCGCAAUUUCCUGACCGCCCUGAAGAAGGUCAUCACGUCCAGAGAGGGCUCCAACUGGGUCACCCUGGAGUUCUCCAAGCUUGGCUACAUCGGGAAGCUGUACCACUCACAGGACCUGCCACGGCUGGCCCACUUCCUGCUCAUGUUCUACCAGGAGAUGCCAUGCGACUGGCUCUUGAUCCACUUCCGGGGCCUGCUAGCGCAGAAGGACGUGAUCCGCUUCAAGCCCUCGUUGUUCCAACACAUGGGCUACUACUCGUCCUACAAGGGGGCUGAGAACAAGCUGAAGGACGACGACUUUGAGGAGGACUCGCUCGACCUCCCUGACAACCCACCAGCCACUCUGUACACGAACAUCAACGUGUUUGAGAGCUACGAUGCAUCCAAGGCCUACAGCAGCGUGGACGAGUACUUUUGGGGUAAAGCACCCUCGACGGGGGACUUCUAUGUCAUUGUGUUCCACAAAUCCACAAAAAUCAGCAAAAUCAAGAUCAUCACGGGGACUGACGACCGUCAGAAUGACAUUCUGCGCCACGGAGCGCUGGAGGUGGGGGAGAAGUUGGUGGGGACUAAAAAGGGCAGGCAGUGCAGUUCGUACGUUACCUUGGGAGAGUUUAAAAAUGGGAACAUCGAGGUUCAGGACGUGGACCGCAAGAUCUCGUUUGACAUAGAGUGUGUCCGUAUUGUGGUGUCAGCCAGUCAGAAAGAAUGGCUCAUUAUCAGGAGUAUAAGCCUGUGGACUACACAGCCACCAAAUCUGUGAGGACAGUGACUUGAAGUUCAAACUCGCUGGCACAACUCAUUUGCCUCUUAUUUAUUUAUGUAUUUAUUUACUUAUUUAUGCUGUUUUUAUUUAAUCUAUCUAUUGACUUUUUCAUUUGUAGUUGUUUGGGUUUUUUUCAGAUUCAACUGAGCUUUCAAAAUAUUGAAGACAACAUUUGUUUUGUAAUUUAUUGUUUUUUCUUUUGAAACACAGCCAGUUCCAUAGUGGGUCCUGAAUAAGGUAGUACUGGGGAGAACUGUAGUGUUGCUUUGAACAUUUGAACAGCUCCUCCUGGCUAAUUAGUUUUUUUUCUACAUCCUCGCCAUUGUCUGAAGGCACUGUUCCUGUCAUCUAGCACAGAGUCAAUAUUGCCUUGAAUAUCCAGUGUGUUGUGGCAUGAAUUCAGUCAACAGAACGUCUUGUUUUUCUCCCUCAAGUGGUACCAGGGCUGCUGUUUAUUGAAUCCGUCUUGAGUCACAGAGGUCACUUGAGAACAGUGUUUUGUGUGUGCCAUAUGUCAUUUUGCUGGUGUGUUUUCACAGACCCAAAUCUUGGAACACAGUGUUUGCCCCCUCCCCUCCCCUCCUCUCCCCUCUCUCAUCAUACCAGGAUGACGAAUGAGGUAGACCUGAUCUUCCUGUUUUUUUUAACCCCAGUACAAUUUUACGAGAGUAAAUUAAAUUGUGUUUGGAUAGGUUUCCACAAAAUUACACCAGCAACAACACACAACACACAACACAACACACAACACACAAUACACAACACACAACACACAACACAACACAAAACACACAAUUCCAAAUUGCUCCUCUCUCAGCCACAUCUAAUGGUGUUGUUUUGGUACGGUGGGCAUUGUUGUCUCUGAGAUUUAUGAAAGAGAACAUGAUAGGUGUUAUGUAUUACUAACAAAAUAUCCCUUAAACAAAACACACAACAUUCUCUAUAUACAGAGUAUAUCAUAUUUACACAACAAUCACAAUUUAAUGUGUGUUGUUACCUGCAUGUGACACAAAGGAAAUAGUAAAAACAGGAAACCUACUGAGUAGCUCUCAUCAACUGAAAUUUCUUGGAGGAUACGUUUAUUUAACUGACAAUGCAAUAACCAUAUCAGUGUUUACAUGAGGUUUAGUUGAUUGUAGAAAUCUACUGUGAAAAUUGCACAAACUACUGGAAUGAAUUCUUCCUUCUGGACCAUGCCCCCGCCAUCUCCCACCAGCACACUCAGUAUGUGAGUUUGUGGAUCUCACUGCUGUCACCGUUCAUUUCUUUUCAGAAGGCUGUCUGUCCGACGCAUAUCUCUCCUUUAUUGACUUCACAUGGUUUGCCGAAUCUAGCAAAUCCUGCAGUCAACCACAUCUUCAGUCAGGUUGUAGUGUUAUAACAUGCCCGCAACCGAUGCUACCUGACCUGAAUUAGCCAAUACAUCUGUCAAUUGGCCCCCAUUAGCUGAUACAGGCAUUCCCUGAUACUGUACAUUGACUCUCGUAUUGUACAAUACACAGUGGGGGGAAACAUCAAAUCCCUAAUACUACUGAGUCGCAUUACAUUCAACGGCACCAAGCUGUGUAUGUACUGCAAGUGUUCGUUGCUAAUCCAGUAAUCCAAAAGCUGGUGCACAAGAAGCCACCGACAGCUGAUAGCACCUUGGGACAGCGGAGGCCUGAUGGUACGCCGUUUGAUGGGAUCAUGAACUCGCUCGCUCAGCGCGUUCAAAUUCCCCGUUGCUCCCCUGCUUUUCUGCUGACCGCGGCUGAUCACACGCCUCGCAGUGACCUGCGCUCGCCCUGUCCGCCUGUCCCACGCCACGUCUGCAGCGCGGGAGCUGAGCCCGACUGACGCCUGCCGGAGCCAGGGACACGGUGGCGGGCGCUGGGUACGUCACAAGCAUUCUACUGUCAGUAGUUCUACAAUGGUUCCAAAUACACAAGUGGGCUGAACAUACACAUCUGCAUAUAAACAAGCCAUGAAUGACAAGUUAAGAUGUUUCUGCAGUUCUUCUUAUGGAAAGGUUUUAACUGUAACAGUUAAUAGAUAUGGUACUGAGAAUAAUUUCACGAGUUGGGUUGCAUUGUAUUAUGAUGUUCACUGUUUUCUUCACAAAGCACAGACUAGAUUGAUCAUGUCAUUGUUGAAGUAUGCAAGAUAAACGGUAAGUGGUGACAAGACGCUGAUAGUGUGGGUCUUUGCUGUCUUCAGCCAGAGCCGUGUGGCUAGGCUACGAUGAUAUGACUGGAUGCAUGCACUUCAACAAGAAAAUUGAACAGUGUGCCAGAGCCCUGUUGUAUUUAGGAUUUAUGGCUUGUUUAUCGGUGUCUGCUUUUGAACUUUACUGGCAAUGUUCUGUAUUUGGGUUGUAACUUGACAUGGACCAGUACUACCUUACAACAGCCGACAUCUCACAGACUAUGUGCAUAGCUGACGAGCUAAACCGAGCGUGUGAAGGUACUGUACAGUGUAGUGUUGUGUCAAAGUUCAUUCCCUGGCCCCCAAGCCCUUUGUUUGUCAUAUAGUACUGUAUGUAUAUUGUAAAAUGACAUAUAUUUUUUAUAUCAUUUCAAAAUGUUUGUGUUGUAUAUGGUACAUAAAUACAGUGUUUGAGCAGAGAUGAAUGCUAAAUCUACACGUUUCUACCUUUA